AUUUGAUAGCCAUGUAAUUUUCCCCAUGAAAAAAGUUGCAUAAGGGAAUGGAUAUUUUACCCAUUGCAAUUGAAACUGUAUACAUUUUGUUAUAAAAGUUCAUAAUUAAAUAAUCUACGUACAAUUUCAUUAAAACAGGUCAUUUAUUCAUUGCGAAAAAUCCUUUCAAGAGUAAGAUAAACUUUUGAUUUGGAAAGGAAGAGAUGAGCGAGAAAAAGAAAGGUAACGUCUGUGACAUUCAAGUUAUGGUUCCCAAAUUAAGGCAAGGAGGCAGCUCCAAGUUUGCCCUUUCCCUCAUCUUUCUUUCGGUCAAUGCUUUUCUUGUUCUUUGGGGGAAAGAAAACUUUAGGCUUGGCCUAGACAAAUUCUUUACUUGGUUUCAUGAGCAACACACAUACCCAUAAAAUCCUUUGCGGAUUUUCUGAUCCUUCCCAUGCAUUUUCUCUCUUUCAUUAAUCUUUAUCUUUAUAAAUCUUUUCGUUGAUUGAUCGAAUAAAUCAGAAGAUCAGAGCAACAGCAUUAAUUAAUUUCAACAUGGGUUUUCUUGGAGUUAUUGCAAAGCGUUUGGACGCCCUUGUGGGGCCAGGAAUCAUGCUUCUUUUCCCAUUAUAUGCAUCUUUGCGAGCUAUCGAAAGCCCUUCAACGCUUGAUGACCAGCAAUGGCUAACAUAUUGGAUAAUUUAUUCAUUCAUAACCCUAUUUGAGUUAUCCUGCUGGAGAAUACUAAUCUGGCUUCCAUUCUGGGCAUACAUAAAGCUGGUGUUUUGUAUGUGGCUGGUGUUGCCUACAUUCAAUGGGGCUGCAUAUAUUUACGAGAAUCUGGUCCGGAAGUAUGUGAAGAUCGGAGGCAGAGCGAGCGGAAGCUAUUCAGAGGAUCAAAGGAAGAUUCUCCAGAUGAUGAGCCUCGAUGCUAGGAAAUCAGUGGCGCAAUAUGUUGAAAAAUAUGGCUGGGAUGCUUUUGAGAGAGCUAUCAGAGCUGCUGAAAGAGAAGUCAAAAAGCACUGAUAGCACUUCCUCUCUCACAAAUCCUGCAGCAAAUUGAAUUGUACAUGUGUAUUUCAUUCAUAUGAUGAAAAUGCCAUACAAAGCCAAGAAAAGGGAUCAUUAUUGGUGUACAAUGAAGAAAUGAUUCUUU